ACAUCCGAUCUGCAAAUAUCCUUACCCUGACCUCACGCAUGUAGGAAGGAGGAUAUCCUUACCCUGACCUCACGCAUGUAGGAAGGAGGAUAUCCUUACCCUGACCUCACGCAUGUAGGAAGGAGGAUAUCCUUACCCUGACCUCACGGAUGCAAGGAAGAACAAAAGAUUACCCUGGCCGAUCGUAACAAAUUCGCGAGUAUUGGGCUGUGUACGCAUCGGUCAGGGUGCAUAACUACUCAUGCUGACACUCCUUCGCAUUGCGGACUCCUUCGCACUGCUUAAAAAUUUCGCUAUUCCAAAAAGGAUAUAAAAAGGGGUUGCAACCCUAAUUAACGAGAGUUGUCUUAAAACCUUCGUACACAAGAGUUGUUGUAACCAUCGGAAAGUUCAGUUGCUAACCUAAGCUAUCAGUUACGCGUCACACAAGCAAAUAAAGUGUUAUAGUGAAAACCAAUUCAGAUUGCUUCAAUCAUUGUGUCGAAACAACAGUUGAAAAUCAUAACAUCAAACUUUGCAAAAGAUUCGAAAUGGAAACGACAAAUAAGGAGGACAUGUGGUGUGAGGACACCUACGAAGAAGUUGGUACAAACCAAGUUCCAACCAUUCAGUUUCCAAAUAUUCCAAACCUCCAAAUAAUCAAAAUAAUAGGGGAACCACAGCUCAAUUCCACGAACAAUAAAAAUAACCUUGCAGUCGACAUGCAACCAUGUAAUUCUUCUUGUCAUGCCAACACCGAGAAAUGCGCGAAUCGAGCAAUCCAACCAGAUGAAAUUUGCGGCAAUGAACAAACUAACAAAAGAGCAAAAUUGUCUUCAGAAGCAGAGAUUGCGGAGCUUAGAGCCAAAGUGGAUCGGUUAGAGAAAGAAAAUAAGUAUUUAAAGGAUCUUAUAGACAAUAAACUUGAUAUACUUAUUAGAAAUUCAGCCCGGCAUCGAGAAGCCGUAGAGGAGUUAGUCGCUGUAAGUUGUCCUAGGCAAGGUCUACUUUCUAGGAACGAAUUUGAGCUAGCCAAGCUUAAUACAAAAGAAGAAUUAGAUACCUUUGAGCAAUCGAUUAGCACUGACCCAUCAUUUAAAGAAAAUGUAGUUAGGUAUUUGCAGAGGCAAAUAACAGUCGCAGAUGUAGACAGUCGAUUACAUGAAGCGCUUGAUUUACUUUUUACUCGACCAUUUUUUGCCACAAUCAGUUGGACUGGAAAAAGUAAGCCGGGAUCAACGAAGAUAGAGUUCAGGAAGUGUGAAGGCAUACUUCUUCUGUUAAAAGAAAUAGGAAGUAAUGCGAGAGUUUUAGCAACUCCCAAAUACGUUGCAGAUUUUAUAAAAAUUCGUCUUAAGCACGCUCCGUCUCGAGCUAACCUUUCUCCUACCAAACACACUUCUCUUCAUAAAAAAAGAAAUUAAUUCAUUAAUCAUUAAGUACUUAUCAUGUAGACUACCACCGAAAUAAAUGAUAUCUCUCUGAAAAAUUAUUA